AUGGACCUAUUGAAAUCAGCAGAGUAUCGCGCCCAUGUCCACAAGCUGCUGGAAAGAUGGCACGUCCCGGGCGUGGCGAUCGCGACUCUUCAAGACGGCGAGUUCUAUUCUGCCGCUGUUGGCAAAGCCUCAUUGAGUCCGCCAAAACCAUGUACACCCGAAACCCUUUUCAACGUGGCAUCGGCUUCAAAGUCGUUGACAGCGGCAUCUGUGGCGCUUCUCGUGGAGGAUGAGAGGUUUCCGAAUGUCAAAUACGAGGCCUUGCUGUCGGAAGUGUUAGCAGAGGAUUUUGAAAUGCCACCUGGCCAUCCAGACUUGGUGACGAUUGAGGAUAUGCUCAGUCACAGAACUGGCAUUGCAGCAUCUGAUCACGCUCUUCUAAACACCGACACUCCCCAAUCCAUUACUCGAAAUGUUCGAAAUCUACCGGUUGCCGCCCCUAUACGAACCACGCAUAUCUACUGCAACCAAAUGUACAUUGUGGCGUCUUUCCUCGUCGAGAAGCUCACCGGCCAGGAUUUCGCCGGCUUUCUCAAGCAACACUUCUUCGAUCCACUGCACAUGACCUCAACAACCCUCCAACCCAGCCGCGCCCGUGCGAACGGUUGGUCAGACAGGCUAGCGGGCGCAUAUACAUGGGACAAGUCCAAACAGGAAUACUACGAGUUCGAGUCGCCAGAUCAAUCGGCCGAGCAAGGCGCCACAGGCAUCGUCACCUGCGCAAACGAUUAUAUUAAGUGGGUGAAGGCAAUGAUUGACCGUGAAAGCCCCAUAAGCGAGAACGUCUAUAAAGGUCUCAUCAAGCCGCGAAGUCUGCGAGAUCCGGACGCGGGCGAAGACGACUUGGAUCCACACACCUCAUUCUCUGCUUAUGCAGCUGGAUGGCAUAUAGCGUACUAUCGCGGAUCCAAGAUAGUCAAGCAUUAUGGACUGACAGAGGGGGCGGCAUCGGCGGUGUUCUUCUUGCCAGGUGAAAGAUUUGGAGUAGUUGUCUUCGGCAAUUCGGACCAAGCAUACCAUGCCACGCACAUAAUCAUACGGGAACUGGUCGAUGAAGUGCUCAAUGUCGCCGCAGAGGAGCGCGAUUACUGGCGGGCGAAAGAAGAAGAAUUGGAAGAGGCAGAGUCAGAGUCAGAUUUGGACUCGCUUGACGUGGAUCUGAAAGAAAGCCUUGAGAUGGAGCUGGAAGUAUACACGGGGACGUAUUGGAAUCCUGGUUACGGUUGCGUGACGCUGGAGGUCAAGGAUGGGAAGUUGUUCGUGGACGCAUCGAACCGGUCGUCCGCAUUCACGUUGACUCUGGAGCAUAUCCGACGGCAAACCACUUUCAUAGCAUAUUUGGCAGAUUACUAUCGAGGCGAGGGAGACGAGAUUCGUGCAGAGUUCCAGAUCGAGAAAGAUCGAGCGGUAAGAUUUGGGCUGAAACUAGACGGCUCAAUAGAUCAAAUGAUCUGGUUUGAUAAGACACAAGAGUAG